AUGCUGCUCCUUACCCUCGUCCUGUUCUGGACCGUCCCGCUCUGUGUCCCCAUGCCGAUUCGAAACCGCAGUGCAGCAGUGACUCGAGGCCACCGUGAUCAAGAUAUGUUCAAGGGAAUCGACUGGUCAUUGGCCAAAGAGAACUGCAAUGAUGCACAGUUGACAAUCCUCGAGCAAGCAACCUUUGUUGCGGUGACGGAAAUGUUGAACCCGGGGAGUGAUGGUGUGGAUGUUCUCAACGAUCCAAUGUGGACUUGGUUCUUCAAGCCUUAUCCACUCUUAUCCACUCUGGGCUAUCAAUCCUCGCAAUGUAAGGACAGAACAUAA